AUGCAGUGCUAUACCGAAAUUCUGCCUCCCACCGGGGUCACGCAUUCAUUGGCAGUCCCCUUCAUUCGUGCGACAGCCAAUAACCUGGUCAUUGCGAGGACCUGCCAGCUCCAAAUAUUUUCCUGCGUCAAAGCCACACCACGGUCGGAAACCGCUCAAGACCAGACAGCAUCCAAGCUGGUGCUGGAAGGAGAAUUCGCUCUUCCUGGGAUAAUAACCGAUCUUUGCCGGGUCAAGGUUCUAAAUACAAAGAGUGGGGGGGAAGCUAUCUUAGUUGCGUUCCGAAACGCCAAACUUAGCUUGAUCGAAUGGGACCCAGAGCGCCAUGGCAUUUCGACUAUUUCCAUUCACUAUUAUGAGCGAGAUGAUUUGACCCGUAGUCCUUGGAUACCAGAUUUAAGCAGUUGUGGCAGCAUCCUUAGUGUGGAUCCGAGCAGCAGAUGCGCAAUCUUCAACUUUGGCGUUAGGAAUGUCGCCAUUCUUCCCUUUCACCAAGCAGGAGACGAUCUGGUGAUGGACGAUUACAAUUCUGAUUUUGAGGAGAAACAAGAUGGCACUGGCUCCGGGGUGGAAGUUUCCCACGGCACAGCCCAAAACGAGGCGGCUCACCAGACCCCGUACGCGUCUUCCUUCGUCCUCCCUUUAACUGCGUUAGAUCCGUCGAUACUGCACCCGAUAAGCCUUGCAUUUCUAUAUGAGUAUAGGGAACCAACCUUUGGUAUUUUGUAUUCACAGGUUUCAACAUCAAAUGCACUUCUUUCUGAGAGAAAAGAUGUUGUCUUUUACACUGUGUUUACGCUAGACCUGGAACAACGUGCUUCCACUACACUUCUCUCGGUAUCCAAACUGCCCAGCGACUUGUUCAAAGUGGUGGCCCUUCCACCCCCCGUUGGAGGGGCUCUGCUCAUCGGCUCCAACGAACUCGUCCAUGUCGACCAGGCAGGAAAAACCAAUGCAGUUGGGGUGAACGAAUUUUCAAAGCAGAGUUCAGCUUUUGCCAUGACCGAUCAAUCAGAUUUGGCGAUUAGGCUUGAAGGCUGCGUCGUCGAACGCCUUGACGAAAGCAAUGGUGACCUGGUACUGGCUCUUUCUGUCGGAACGAUGGCACUUGUCAAAUUCAAGCUUGAUGGAAGGUCGGUGUCUGGCAUCUCGGUUCACCUCGUACCUGCACAUGCCGGUGGCGACAUCAUGAAAUCUGCUGCUUCGUCGGCAUCUUUUCUUGGCAACAGGAGAAUCUUUUUGGGCAGUGAGGAUACGGAUUCGGUGCUACUUAGCUGGAACUAUUCGUCUUCAGGUGUGAAGAGGACGCGAUCCGAAGCUAGGUAUCUCGAUGAGAAUUCCGGGGACUUGUCAGAGGAAGACCAACUUGACGAUGAUGCACUGGAAGAUGAUCUUUAUUCGACCGCACAGGAUGCGACGACGGACGGGCGUCUCUCUUCUACUGAAGCGUCUAUGUUUGGUCACUGCAAUUUCCAAAUCCACGACAAGCUUUUGAAUAUUGGCCCCCUCCGUGAUAUUACCUUGGGUCAAUCUCAUUUAUAUAGUAAGGAGGAAAAUGAACAAGGUGCAGGGGGCCCUCCCUCCCCACUGCAGCUCGUAUCGUCGCAGGGGUCAGACAGGAGCGGUGGAGUGGUAGUGAUGAAGCGUGAGAUCGAACCUCUGGCUUUCGUAUCCCAAACGAUUGAUUCCGCCGUUGGUGUCUGGACUGCCUCUGUCAUCAACAAAGAGACUGAAUCGGAUACAAGCGGACAAGCGCAAGAGCGGAACUGGCGACACUAUGCUAUCUUUCCGAAACGGACCGUGGCUGAGAAAGAGGAGUCAAUUAUUUUCCAGGUGGAGGGACAGGAACUUAGGCCUUUCAAAGCACCUGAAUUCAACCCCAAUGGUGAUUCUACCGUGAAGAUCGAGACUCUAAGGAGCAGUAACCGCGUGGUUCAAGUCCUCCAAAACGAAGUCCGGAGCUAUGACGUUGAACUGGGACUGGCUCAGAUUUAUCCUGUGUGGGAUGAGGACACCAGUGAAGAGCGUAUAGCUGUGAGCGCUAGUCUCGUGGGUACCUAUCUUGCGAUUCUUCGAGACGAUUCUACGUUAUUACUUCUCCAGGCAGAUGAUAGUGGAGACCUUGACGAAGUAUCGCUGGAUGGAGACCUGGCACGAUUGGGCUCGCAAUGGCUGUCCUGCUGUCUGUAUUGUGAUAAAAAUGGUGUUUUCGAGGUGGCUCGCCCAACCGCAGACGGGCUAGCUCAAGAUGGGAUUUUCUUGUUUCUGCUCAGUUUGGAUUGUCGAUUAUUUGUAUACCGACUUUCCGACCAGACAUUAGUGUCGAUCAUAGAAGGCGUCGAUUGUUUAGGCCCAAUUCUGUCGACUGAACCACCGAAGCGGUCGACUACGCGGGAGCUCCUGUCUGAAAUUGUUGUUGCAGAUCUUGGAGAUGAUCGGUGCACUAGUCCUUACUUACUUAUUCGAACCGUGAAUAACGAGAUUUCUGUGUACAAACCUUUCUCAACUGCGAUUGACACCGGGGAAAAGCCCUCUGCUUUAAGAUUUCUGAAAGAAACAAACCAUGUGCCACCGAAACCUUCUUCUACUGUUGACCCGGCUGAAUCAGACGAUUCGCCCCAGAUGACGCCGCUACGAAUACUCCCCAACGUCUCGGGGUUCAGCGCUGUAUUCGUGCCUGGAUCCUCGGCCGGCCUGGUACUCAAAACAUCGAAAAGUCGACCGCAUUUCACACCUCUAGGAGGGGACUUAACAUGGUCUUUAAGUAGCUUCAAUAAUCAUGGAGGCGCCAGUACAGGCUUUAUCACAUUAGACUCGAAGAACAUUGCGCAAUUGUGCCAGCUGCCCAGCGAUACAAUCUUCGAUCACCCUUGGACUUUACGGAAAAUAUCCAUCGGCGAGCAGGUUGAUCAUUUAACGUACUCUGUCUCGUCUGGGACGUACGUUUUAGGGAGCUGCCAUAAGACGAAUUUCAAGCUGCCCGAAGACGACGAGCUGCACCCUGAAUGGCGCAACGAAGUAAUAUCUUUGCUUCCCGAAGUGCAUCAGAGCUCGCUAAGGCUCCUAUGCCCUAAGACGUGGUCCAUCAUCGACAGCUACACUUUAGGCCCGGCCGAGCAUGUUACCGCGAUCAAAAACUUGAGUCUGGAGGUAUCCGAAAAUACGCACGAGCGGAAGGAUAUGGUUGUGGUUGGAACCGCAUUUGCGCGGGGCGAGGACAUCGCAUCCCGUGGCUGCAUCUAUGUCUUUGAGGUGAUCAAAGUGGUUCCCGAUCCAGAAAAACCAGAGAACGACCGGAAACUGAAACUCAUCGGCAAGGAGUUGGUCAAAGGCGCAGUAACUGCGCUAUCGGAGAUCGGUGGUCAGGGGUUUUUGGUCGUCGCUCAAGGACAGAAGUGCAUGGUCCGGGGUCUCAAGGAGGAUGGCAGCCUCCUGCCCGUAGCUUUCAUGGAUGUGCAAUGCUACGUCAGCGUCGUGAAAGAACUCAAAGGCACCGGAAUGUGUAUCAUCGGCGAUGCCGUGAAAGGACUUUGGUUUGCAGGAUACUCGGAAGAGCCGUAUAAAAUGAGUCUUUUCGCGAAGGACUUGGAUUAUCGUGAAGUCAUAGCGGCGGAUUUCCUCCCCGACGGCAACCGAUUGUUCAUUCUCUUCGCCGACGGUGACUGCAACCUGCACGUGUUGCAAUACGAUCCCGAAGAUCCCAAAUCAUCCAACGGGGACAAACUUCUCAAUCGGAGCAAGUUUCACGUGGGCAGCUUCGUAUCGACAUUAACUCUACUCCCGCGGACCAUGGUCUCCUCCGAGCGAGUCGACCCCGACGCGGAUGAAAUGGACGUCGACACGCAGGUUUCACAACAUCAGGUGCUGGUGACCACGGAAAACGGCUCCGUCGGUCUGGUGACCUGCGUUUCCGAAGAAUCAUACCGUCGUCUCUCCGCCCUCCAGUCUCAGUUGACAAACGCCUUGGAGCAUCCCUGCGGGCUGAAUCCUCGCGCGUUCCGGGCCGUUGAAAGCGACGGAAGCGUGGGGAGAGGUAUGCUCGAUGGUGCCCUCCUCACUCGAUGGCUGGAUUUGAGCGUAACCCGCAGAAGUGAAUUGGCCAGUCGUGUAGGAGCGAACCAAUGGGAAAUCAAGGCAGAUCUUGAGGCCAUUGGCGGCGCAGGGCUUGGAUUUCUGUAG